UUUCUACUGAUGUUCCUCCUCCUGCGUUGCCAUGGCAAACCCUAUCGGCCAGUUGAUAUCAUGGAUACAAUGAAUAUCCAUGACAUCAUGAUGAGGGAUUUUGGGGAUGAUGAUGAUGACGACGACGAUGACGACGACGACGACGAUUAUGACAAUGACCUACUGGAUUGUCCUCGUGACUGUGAAUGCUCACUAAGAGUUGUUAGGUGUUCAGACAAAGCCUUAGGGCAGGUUCCAGACAAACUUCCAGAAGACACAGUGAUGCUUGAUCUCCAGAAUAACUACAUCUCUGAGAUUAAGGAGGAUGACUUCAAGGGCUUGAACAACCUUUAUGGUUUGUUCCUGCUCAGCAAUGAAAUCACAAAGAUCCAUCCACGGGCUUUCCGAGAUAUGAAUAAGCUGAAACUUCUUUACUUGUCCUACAACCUCCUGACUGCAAUACCAGCCAACUUGCCGAAGAGUAUCCUGGAGCUACGUCUCAGUGAUAACAACAUAAACCGGAUCCAGAAAGAUGCUUUCAAGGGCAUGAUGUCCUUGCAAGUUCUAGAGAUGAGUGCCAACCCGAUUCCGAACAGUGGUAUUGAAUUUGGAGCUUUUGAAGGCAUGUCUACUUUUUAUCUGCGGAUUGCUGAGGCCAGGCUGACAGCAGUACCCAAAGAUCUGCCGUCUGCGCUCGUCGAUCUUAACCUGGAUUACAACAAGAUCGCUAAGUGGAGGUUGAGGACUUUUUUCAGAUACAAAAAGUUGCAAAGAUUGGGUUUAGAGUUCAACCAAAUCAAGUACGUGGAGAAUGGAAGCCUUUGCCAGCAUUCCCAACAAUCCGAGAAAUCCGCUUUGGACCAACAACAAACUGGAAGAGAGUUCCGCCCAGGUUUGAAUUCACUUAAGUAUCUCCAGGUUUUGUUACUUCAUGCCAAUAAAAUUCAAACUGUGGGAAUGAAUGACUUCUGCCCUGCUGACGUCCGGGCCAAAAAGGCCCUCUACAAUGGCAUCAGUCUCUUUGCCAAUCCAGUCAGGCACUGGCAGAUUCAGCCCGCUGCGUUCCGCUGUGUUUCAAGCCGAGGACUCCAUGUUGGGAACAGGAGGAAGUGAGCAACACUGAGACAGUGUUCUGUGUUCUUGCCCUACAGGGAAUCAUUCCAACUCA